CGUACAUCAGAAUUUUCGGGUAGAGUUCCUAAAUGCGAGUGGCCCGUAUUUCCCGAGGUGUUUCGCGCUAGUCGGAGCAUGUCAUUUCCAGAUGUACGGAUCGAGUUUGUCCUACAACCGUUACCGUCCUUCCAAGGACCUCGAACGACACGUCGUCCCCGAGGACUCUUCGUGGGGCCGUACGUCAUCGUACGCAGUUCGACCUUCUGCGACGACUACGAUUUUCCCAGGAUCAGGAAUGCCAACGAAAACACUGAGCGAUAACAGGCAUCCGUUCGGCGACUAUCCUAUGGCCAAGAAUCACACGAAUGCCCCUGUGAAUAGGCCGAGGUACGCGCGUUCCUCGACAACUUCAAGUGUCGCGCAAAUUCUGAGUGAUUCGUGCUCCAGCCUCUUCCAAAAGUUGACGACCCGGGUGCGAGGUCCCUCGUCGACGGUCGAAAGACAGCUAGCGUCGAAUAACUUUUCCACCCCUUCUAGCGCCGGAAGCGGUUUCGUUCCUCUAACCACCAGCAAGAGUUCCACGGUGGUUCCGAAUUACGGCCACAGUAAGAGUUCGACGGUGGUACCGAAUUUCGGACACACCAUAACUAGAUUAGAAGAUAAAUAUUCCUCGGUGCUGGACCGGAUAUAUCGAAGGAAGGGCGCGGAAAAGUCGGUGGAUCCUCCAAUCCGGGGGCUCGUCAAGAGUUCGACCACUGCGAACGUGCUUCUUUCCGAAAAGUCGUAUCCUUACAUCAACAACAACGCGUUUCAUCGGGAAAAGACGCCGUACAGGAGUGAGAGUCGGAAAUCGUUGCACAAGAAGCAGUUUCCGGAACCGCAGUACACGUUUCUGGAUAAAGAUUCGGCCCAUCGAGUCCGCCACAAAUCGAAUCAUUCCGAUGUUCGUCCUAGGAGAUCCACGAAGCCCCAACGAACCGGGAAGAGCGAAAUCAGCGACAGGAAAACCACCAACUUGAAACUACAACCAGUAGAGAUAAAUCUGAACGAGGAACUACCUGGACCCUUAGUGAAAUCCGUUUCGGGCACGGUUGUCAAGGCCAUUAGCCCAACUACGAAGAAAGAUGUUGAAGACGAUGAAGUCACCCCUACUCCGUCCAAGCCAGACAACGGGGCGCAGCGAGAGGCGAAGAGGAAAGAAAUCCAGAAUCUGAUCGUCAAGUAUUCCGCCCUGGACGAGGCCUACAACAAACUGCAUGCCGGCGAUGGUAUGAGCAAACGAAGUGAUAAAAAAAAUAGCGGGUGCUUGGAUAGCGUUUCCGGGUCUAGUGUUCUAGCGUCAAUCACCCAGAAAUAUUAUCCAAACUCAGUCGCGGCUCAGAUUCCACGUACGCCAUCGGUGGAAGACGACGACGAAGGACAUCUGGUGUAUAGAUCGGGAGACGUUAUACAAGAAAAAUAUAAAAUACUCUCAACCCUUGGAGAGGGAACCUUCGGGAAAGUUGUCAAGGUGAAAGAUUUAGAGAUGAACCAUCACAUGGCCUUGAAAAUAAUAAAAAAUGUUGAGAAAUAUCGAGAAGCAGCAAAACUAGAAAUAAAUGUUUUGGAAAAAUUAGCAGACAAAGAUCCCGAUUGUAUACAUUUAUGCGUGAAAAUGUUGGACUGGUUCGACUACCACGGACAUAUGUGUAUAGCUUUCGAGAUGCUGGGACUGAGCGUUUUUGAUUUCUUGAAAGAAAAUAACUAUCAGCCGUACCCGCUGGACCAAGUUAGACAUAUCGGAUAUCAACUAUGCUACUCCGUCAAAUUUUUGCAUGACCACAGAUUGACGCACACUGACCUCAAACCCGAAAACAUAUUAUUCGUCGAUUCGGAUUACGACUUAGUGUACAACAGUAAAAAGAGGAAAGAUGUACGGAAGGUGAAGAGAACUGAUGUGCGACUAAUCGAUUUCGGAAGUGCUACUUUCGAUCACGAACAUCACAGCACUAUAGUGUCAACCAGGCAUUACAGAGCACCGGAGGUCAUUCUAGAAUUGGGAUGGUCCCAACCAUGCGAUGUUUGGUCGAUAGGCUGCAUACUCUUUGAAUUGUACCUGGGAAUAACACUUUUCCAAACCCAUGAUAACCGGGAGCAUCUAGCGAUGAUGCAAAGGAUCCUUGGAGAAAUUCCAGUGAGGAUGGCAAGGAGAACAAAAACUAAAUAUUUCUAUCGAGGAAAGCUCGAAUGGGACGAGAGAAGUUCAGCUGGGAGAUAUGUAAGAGAUAAUUGCAAACCCUUGAUCAGAUAUCGACAAAGUGACGAACCAGACCACAAUGCACUUUUCGACUUGAUCUUCAAAAUGUUGGAGUACGAACCCUCAGAGAGAAUAACUUUAAAAGAAUCUCUGCAGCAUCCGUUCUUCGAGAAAAUCGCCCCACAUCAGCGCUUGGGUGAGCUGGGCGCUGGAGAUACAAGAAGAAAUAGAAGCUUAUCCAGAUGAAAAAUGAUUUUAUAUAAAUACUUGCGAUACUUCUCCCAGAAUAAUAUACCCCAGCGCAUGCUUUCAUUUUGAUUACCUGUGUAUAUAAAGAUGUAUCUGUUGUUAAUAGAUUCUGACAGCCAUUUCAUUUUGUGCA